AUGUUUGCUUUCCUGAUUUGCAUCUUGACCGUGCAGCAAGUGAACUCUGCCUGCAAUGUGCAAGACAUUUGCCCAGACAACCCAGCAGUUCAGGCUGAGAUCGUUAACUAUCACAAUGAACUGAGGAGAGCAGUUGAGCGUGCCUCAGACAUGCUGCUUAUGAGCUAUGAUGAAAAGGCAGCAGUCAAUGCUCAGGCCUGGGUGGACCAAUGUAUUCUGGCUCAUGGAGCGCCCAGCACCCGCAUGAUAGAUGGAUAUGAAUUAGGUGAGAAUCUGUUCUAUUCAUCCUCACUUAACUCGUGGACUGACGCCAUUACUGACUGGCAUGCUGAAGUUUCACACUACCUAUACCCCAGUGGCUCCACCAACGGAAAACCUGUUGGUCACUACACUCAGGUGGUGUGGAACAGCUCCUACAAAAUUGGCUGUGGUGUGAAAUUGUGCCCCAACGGCAUCUAUUUCUAUGCUUGCCAUUAUUACCGAGCAGGAAACUUCAAGGGUUGGCCACCUUAUCAAGAGGGACCACGGUGUGGUUCCUGUCCCAAUGACUGUGAAGGCAAACUCUGCACCAACCCAUGUCCUUACAUUAACAGAUACCUCAACUGUCCAACCUUGAAAAACCAGAAUGGAUGCACCAAUGGGCUAGUGAAAGCCUGGUGUCCAGCUGCAUGCAACUGCACCACUGAAAUCAUCCCAAUAGCCUAA